UCAAAUAAUUAAGUCUUUUAAUUUAUAUCGUAAUAAAAAUUAUGUUCAUUUACUUAAUAUAUAGAGACGAGCCAGAAUUAUCUUAUUCUUUAGUAAGAAAACGGUCUUCAGAAUCCGAACUAGACUCGUCAGUGGAGGAGACGCUACUCCUCAACCCAGAUUGCCACGUGAGGGUUAUGCUGGAGUACAUUAGGAAGAAGUGCAAGCUCGGCAUAUAUACGCAUUUCGACAUUUGUGAUGAAGAUGGGGUUCUGAAGAAGCUGUUCAGUCUGCCACCAUAUACCAACGGAGCGGAAUACUUCGAGCAUAGAAAGACGUACUAUGUUAUUGUAUUACAGGAAAUUGACCGGCGAGUGACGGCGUUGCCUCAGCUGAAUCACGAGAAUAGAUUAUACGCCGAGCUGAAGACGAGGAUCAGGAAUUACAUGUUGUCAGAGGAUGGCAGCCGGCACACCUCGCCCAUGUCCAAGCAGUCGCCUUCUUUGCCGAGCAAGACUUCAUUAAAACCAGGGACCAAGAAGAAGUAAAUGUGAUGUUUUUGUUUAAACGUUUUCUAAGAUAAUUUAACUUUUAUUUUCGUGAAAUAAAAAUAAUUAAGUAA